CUGCCAACUGCACUUUUUUUAUCACAAACAUUAUGAAGCAAGCAUCAUGUCCCGAAUAAAAUCAAUAUCAGGGCAGCUGGGGCCUACCUUAUUUGAAGAGAAGCUCACAUCGACAGCCUUUCUUAGUCGCAAACAGGUUAAUCUGCUGGCUUCAAUGUCAUUGAAGCCAGGUGAUUUUUGGAUGAGGUCCCGCUCAAUAAAAACUAAAAAUGUGCCGACUUUUCUAAGCCCACACAACAUAUCUAUAUGUAUCUCCUGCGUUUUUGUGAUUAUUUGGUGCUGUUGCUUCUCCAUUGCACCAAAAUCAACCAAGUCUAAGUUUUAGUAAUCAUUAUAUUUUAAUAUUUUCAUUAAUUUAAUAAUGUUCUCAUGUUUAUUGUAAAAGAUAGGGAGGGCUUAGCCCCACUAGCCCAUUGAUACAAGUCGUCCCUAUGUAUGAGUCUGUAUGUGUUUGUGCGUGUAUAUCAGAGAGGAGGAGGAUAUGCAUUCUUCUCUACAGAAAUGUCCUGUCCGGUACUCUAAUACAAUCCACAGAAACAAUAUGGAGUUGUGUUUGUGUCCAGGACUUCAGUCUGCUAUGGAUGAGGAUAGAGAGGAGGGGGGUCCUACCACUAAGACCACUUUGUCUGGGGAACAUGGCUGCCAGAGCAAAGCUCAGAGCCCAGAGCAGCAGAAGAGAGCAGACUCCCCUGGACCCAGCUGUGUCUCCAUGAAGAGUGACCCCUCUAUGAAAGAACCGUCUAUCUUUAAAGAUGGAAAUCAGUCUAUUGGGAAGAGACAACCCCAGGAGAGGUCCAAGGUUACCAGUGCUCAGUCUGUACAUCAGCAACAAACAAUGCUGAUCAAGAGGGCUGAGGAGAACGCACACGCCUUCCUGGACAAGGAGCUUAAGAAGCUCUGGAGGGAUCUCUUCCCAGAUUACCCACAAUGCUCAGAGAGUCAGAGGGAGGAGGAGGAGGUGGAUAGUAAGAACGAGGAGCAGAGGAGGCGCGCUAUAGAGGGAGUGGUAGACAUCACAAAGCUCUGCCUGAUGGAGUUGAAUCAGGAGGAACUGGUCGGCGGUCUCCAGUCUGCUACGGUUAAGGAGAGAGAGGAGGGGGGUCCUACCUCUAAGACCACUCUGCCUGGGGAACAUGGCCGCCAGAGCAAAGUGAAGAAAAGAGUCCAGCUGAAGAUAGCAGACUCCCCUGGACCCAGCUGUGUCUCCUUGAAGAGUGACUGCUCUAUAGGGCAAACUGUUGACUUUAAAGAUGGAAAUCAGUCUGUUGAGAAGACAAGAGUCCAGCAGCUGAGAGCAGACUCCCCUGGAUCCAGCUGUGUCUCCAUGAAGAGUGACUGGUCUAUGGAUCAUCCUCCUACCUUUAAUGAUCAACGCCCGUCCAGAGACGAGAGAAGAGUCCAGCAGCAGAGAGCAGACUCCCCUGGAUCCAGCUGUGUCUCCAUGAAGAGUGACUGGUCUAUGGAUCAUCCUCCUACCUUUAAUGAUCGACGCCCAUCCAGAGACGAGAGACAUCCCUGCAAGAGUUCAAACGUUACUACUGCUCAGUCUGUACAGCAGCAUCACACAGAGCUGAUCAAGUCUCCAGGCACAAAGCCCUGCCUGAUGGAGAGGAACCAGGAGGAACCAGCUGAUACACUGUGGGGCGGAUCUGAUGCUGUAGAGUGCCAACAUAAAUUCAAAUCUCAUAUGAAGAAGAUGUUCAGUUCUGUGUUUGAGGGAAUUCCUAUAGCAGGACAGUCAACAGGUCUGAAUUACUUAUACACAGAGAUCUUCAUCACAGAGAGAGGCAGUGGAGCGGUCAACCAGGAACAUGAGGUCAGACUGAUUGAAACAGCUUCCAGGAGACAGGCAAAUGACGAAACACCCAUCAGAUGUGAGGACAUCUUUAAACCCUUACCUGGACGAGAUCGACCAAUCAGAACAAUAUUGACAACUGGAGUAGCCGGCAUUGGUAAAACCGUCUUAACACACAAGUUCACUCUGGAAUGGGCUGAAGGCAAAUCCAACCAGGACAUACACUUUACAUUUCUCCUCACUUUCAGAGAGCUGAAUUUACUGAAAGGGAAAGAGGUUAGCUUGGAGGAACUUCUUCAUCACUUCUUUAUUGAGACCAAAGAAGCAGGAAUCUGCAGAUUCGACCGGUUCCAAGUUGUCUUUAUCUUGGAUGGUCUGGAUGAGUGCCGACUGCCUCUGAACUUCCAGAAGACCUGGACUGAUGUGACAAAGCCGACCUCAGUGGACGUGCUGCUGACAAACCUCAUCAGGGGCGAACUGCUUCCCUCCGCUCGCAUCUGGAUAACCACACGCCCUGCGGCAGCCAAUCAGAUCCCUGCUGAGUGUGUUGACAUGGUGACAGAGGUGAGAGGGUUCACCGACCCACAGAAGGAGGAGUACUUCAGGAAGAGAUUCAGAGACGAGACGCUGGCCAGCACAAUCAUCUCCCACGUCAAGUUAACACGGAGCCUCCACAUCAUGUGUCACAUCCCAAUCUUCUGUUGUAUCACUGCUACAGUCCUGGAAGACUUUUUCAAAAAAUCCAAGAGAGGAGAAGAGAUGCCUAAGACCGUGAUUCAGAUGUACAUCCACUUCUUGAGGGUUCAGUCAAAACAGGGGGACGUGAAGUACCGUCCGAGUGCUGAAACCGAUUGUAUCUGGAGUACAGAGAGCAGGAAGAUCAUUGUUUCUCUGGGAAAACUGGCCUUUCACCAGCUGGAUAAAGGCAACCUGAUCUUCUAUGAGGGAGACCUGGCAGAGUGUAGCAUCGACAUCAAAGCAGCCUCAGUGUACUCAGGUGUGUUCACCCAGAUCUUUAAAGAGGAGUGUGGGCUGUACCAGGACAAUGUGUUCUGCUUUGUCCAUCUCAGCAUCCAGGAGUUUCUGGCUGCCCUUUAUGUCUUUAUGUCCUUCAUCGAUACUGGCAUCAAUCUGCUCUCAGAUGAAUUAUCCAGCAAAGAUAAACUCUUCCUCCUCUACAAGAGUGCUGUGGACAAGGCCUUACAGAGUCAGAAAGGACAUCUGGACUUGUUCCUCCGCUUCCUGCUGGGCCUCUCUCUGGAGACCAAUCAGAUUCUCCUACAAGGUCUGCUGGGACAUGAAAAACAAAGAUCACUGACCACUCAGAUUAAAACAGUUCUGCUGCGACUGAGUAGCUCACAGGCCAAUAAGCGAACAGUGUCUUACAUUAAGGAGAAGAUAAAUGAAGAUCUAUCUUCAGAGAGAUCCAUCAAUCUGUUCCACUGUCUGAAUGAGCUGAACGACCGUUCUCUAGUGAAGGAUAUCCAAAAGUACCAGACAUCAGGAAGUCUCUCCGGAAAAUCUCUUUCCCCAGCUCAAUGGUCUGGUCUGGUCUUCAUCUUACUGACAUCAGAAAUGGAGCUGGAUGUGUUUGACCUGAAUAAAUAUUCAAAAGUUUCAGAAGCUGGUCUUUUCAGGCUGCUGCCAGUGAUCAAAGCCUCCAAAACAUCUCUGCUGAAUGGCUGUCAAAUAACAGUGACAUACUGUAAAGCUCUGGCCUCAGUUCUCAGCUCAGGCUCCUCUAGUCUGACGGAGCUGGACCUGAGUUACAAUGAUCUGCAAGAUUCAGGAGUGAAGAUGCUCUCUGUUGGACUUUGGAGUCCACACUGUACACUGGAAUCUCUCAGGCUGAAUGGCUGUCAUCUGUCAGAGAGCUGCUGUGAAGCUCUGGCCUUAGUAAUCAGCUCCCACUCCUCUAGUCUGAGAGAGCUGGACUUGAGUACCAAUGAACUGCAGGAUUCAGGAGUGAAGCUGCUCUCUGUUGGACUUGGGAGUACGUACUGUACACUGGAAACUCUCAGGCUAGAUGGCUGUCAUCUGUCAAAGAGAUGCUGUGAAGCUCUGGCCUCAGUUCUCAGCUCCAACUCCUCUAGUCUGAGAGAGCUGGACCUGAGUAACAAUGAUCUGAAGGAUUCAGGAGUGCAGCUGCUUUCUGCUGGACUGGGGAGUCCACAAUGUACACUGGAAUCUCUCAGGAUGUCUGGCUGCCGGAUCACACAGGAAGGCUGUGCUUCUCUCUACAAUGCUCUGAUCUCCAACCCCUCCCAUCUGAGAGUGCUGGACCUGAGCUACAAUCACCCAAGAGUCUCUGGAGCUAAGCUACUGCAGAAUCAAGGCUGUAGACUGGACAUUCUCAGUGUGGAGCACGGUGGAGACUGCAGGCUGAGACCAGCUCUAAAGAAGUAUGCCUGUGAACUCACACUAAACCCAAAAUCAGCCCACAGACAACUCGAUCUGCGUAAGGACAACAGAAAGGUGAUGUGGAUUGCAGAGGCCAAGUCCUCGAGGUAUUUCCAAUGCAAAGAGAGAUUUGACUCCUGGAACCAGGUGUUGGGUAGAGAGGCUCUGACUGGCCGCUGUUACUGGGAGAUGAAGUGGAAAGGAAACGUUGAUAUAGGAGUGACAUACAGUGGAAUCAAAAGGAAAGGACGGCUUAGUGACAGUGCGCUUGGAGCGAACAACAAGUCCUGGAAUCUUUUGUGUCAAGAUAGAUGUUACUCUGCCUGGUACAACAACUGCAGUACAGUCUUUGCUCUCCCCCCUGCUGGCUCUAUCAUAGUAGGAGUGUAUCUGGACCGGCCUGCUGGCACUCUGUCCUUCUACAGAGUGUUCCACGAUGGAGGAGGGUCCUCAGACACACUGACACACAUCCACACCUUCCAGGCUUCCUUCACCGAGGAGGAUCUCCUCCUUGGGGUUGGGUUAGGGGUUGAUUCUUCAGCAUCUUUGUGUCGGUUGUAAAAACAACGGGCGGAUGGGCGGGCGGGCACAUAAAGUCUCUCUCAAGGUUUCCGCGGGGUUGUUAAAGGUAUUAAAAGGUAGUAAAUUAAAUUAGCCCAAAUUAAGGCCAUUAAAAAGUAUUAAAAAGUAAUAAACGUCAUCUGACGAGGUAUUACAUUUCCAACAAGGCCUAUGAGUUUCUCAAUUGGUGUUAUUUACGUGCAGUGCAAAUCCACGCAAUUUCUAAAACUUGCAUGGAUUUAUUUUUAUGUUGCGAGUAGGACCUGAGAGAUAUCAAUGAUGUCACGUGGUGCGUGCGCUGAAACAAACUGGAUAGACCGUUUUAGACGGGCUGCGACGUUCUAAAACUGGGCAGUUCACACUGCUGCAACGGGCGGCGACGUCAAGGUGGUUUAUACCCACUUCGCGAGUUCGCUUCUGUUAGUUCAAAGUCAUUUGAAAGAAUGGGGAAAUGUACAUUUUCUGACCUCUGGCUAGAGGAAUCGAUCUUUAAAGAAUGAUCGCAAAAAGAACAUUUGUUUGACCGGUUGCCACGGUUAUCUCCGUGUGGAUAAUUUGCAGUUGCGGUGUUAAUUAGCACUGUUGUCAGCUUACUGUUACAUUAAAUUGUAAUCAGAAAACGCGGUUAUAUGCUAUAGACCCUAUAGUAUCUGGGGUAUAAAGGCUGGGACGAAUUUUGAAUUAUAAAUAUAACGUUAGCUCUCUAGCUCAGCUGAGUAAAAUACCUCCCAAGUCGUAGCUAAGAUCCAUCCUAUUUAUUUGAAAACCUUUAUAUUUGGAUUGUAAAACGCAUGAAAAUAUAAAUGAAUGAUCUUAAUUCCUUUUCUUUGGCAAGUGACCGGUAUAAGCGUGAUAAUGCCCUUCGAGGUGUCAAAAACCUGUUUGAUCGAUCAUAAUUAAAGGGGACUACUUUUUGAGGGAGAUUAACUCAAACAGAGUAUACAUUUAAUAAGAUUAAGAAAAAGCAUGAUCAGGGAAGUAUUUGAAUUGUUUCAUUAUGUUGGCAAUUAAGAAGUGGAAUACAUGGGAUAAUCAGUCUUAUUAAAACGGUUUGUGCAACCAACCGCACAACAAGACAUGAUUGCGGCUCUUGUCGCUCUCGUCUCUUUCUGCAUAUGACAGGCUUGUAGAGCGGGGAGCGACGUAGACUGAUAAUCCCUCGAUAGAAAGUACACUGGUGUGAAUUUGCGCUACGGUAUGGAUUUUGACGUUACCGUGAGACCGGUGUGACCGGUAGGCAGCCGCGUUUACAUGGACACUUCUGAUCCGAUUAGAAGUGGAAGAACAGCUCAAUCGGAAUAAAAAAUUCUCAUAUGCAGUAUACGGCUCAAUCGGAAUACAAUUCUCUGAUCGGAAUAGGAUUCCAUGCGAAAUAGAAGAAGUGGUGUCGUCCGCUCUAGUCAACAUGUAUAUUCCGAUUGGUUUGGGGUGGGUUCGGCUACUUUUUAACUUAGAGAAAUGGUAUCAGCAGCUGCUGUAUUUCGCAAUUGGUCAGUCAGUACUUUUAUGCAUACUGAACUUUUUUUGCCUGAUUCACGUCUUACUUCUUCUCACUCCGUAAGUGUGGUAACUUAUCAACCCCAGCGUGUCCGGUUUCUAAGCGAAGUCAACGUCUCAGGUGGACUAUUUCUCUGCUCUUUUGGCAAGGAGCCGUGUAAUAAUGUAUAGAACGUCGCCGGUCAUUAUCGAAAAGAAUACCCUUCAGGGCGAAGCAAGACACCUCCGCUUUGCAUCGAGGUCCGGUUCGCCCUGUCUGGAGUUAUUUACCCGAUAAUGACCGGCGUUCUGUACUAUAACAUUAUCCCUUACAUAUAUCAUAUAAGUCCAGACCAACAGAACGGUUGUGUGCGAGAGAUAUACGAACGUAAGCUUACCACUUUUGUAAAUGCCAUAGGCCUAUAGUACAUUCGGAUUGCAUGAUAGGAAUAGAUCUAUUCCGAUUAGAAAUCGAUUCGGAUAAGAAGUGGCCAUGUUAACACGGCUAGUGUUGUGUGUACCACAGUACUACGCGGUACUAUUUCAUGCAAAACCUUAACACUGUAAUAACAAUAUUAACGAGGUAAUUAUAACUUAACUUCAACACUGGACACAAAAACUCUCCCUCUCUGACACUCUCUGUCUAUGUCUACUUUGUGACCUAUUGAUUAAAAACUAGGGACUAAGUCCCGUUGGGACAUCUUGAUUAAUCCAACUCCUAUGGUCUCUCUCUUGAAGUCGUGCUGGUAUUAAAAAAUAUGGUGAAGGUAUUAAAAAUGGUAUUAAAAGGUAGUAAAUUCAACUUAAGAAUUUCUGUAUGAACCCCCUCUCUCUCUCUCUCUCUCUCUCUCUCUCUCUCUCUCUCUCUCUCUCUCUCUCUCACUCUCUCUCACUCUCACUCACUCACUCACUCACUCACUCACUCACUCACUCACUCACUCACUCACUCACUCACUCACUCACU